AUGGCUCCAAUGUCAGAGCUUUACCCUACUCUGCACCAAGUGCGCGAGCUCGAGAGUGCAGGCAUUCAGGAUCUGCAGGAGAUUGUCCAAACGUUUCCGAUCAUCGACAACCAUGCACAUAACAUGUUGACUGAGGACAAUGCUUUUGGCAGCGCAGAAUAUCCAUUUGAAAGCAUCACGUCUGAGGCGCAGGGUCAUGCCCUGACCGACCACGUUCAGACCAGUCUCGCGCACAUCCGCGGUAUAAAGCACCUGGCCGAGUUCUACGAGUGCGCUGAGACACUACAAGAUGUCAAGGCGGCCAGGUAUGAGUGGGUUCGGAGAGACUACCCAGGUCUAAUCAAGAGGUGCUUCGAGGGAACGCAUGCGAUCCUGAUGGAUGAUGGGCUUUUGGCAGAGAUUAUACAUCCCUUCAAGUGGCACAGGCAGUUCGUUCCGACGGUCUCUAGAAUUGUACGUAUCGAAGCUGUUGCGGCGGAGCUUCUGGAACAUCUCGCGCAUGCAGCCGGGUUCAUGAGGGUGGGCCUGGAUGCAGACUGGGAUAUCAGCCAGACCGAGAGCUUCCUGGUCCGAUUCAACACCGUCUUUCGCAACCAGAUACGAACCCUGGCCAAUGACCCAGAUGUCCGUGGUUUUAAAUCCGUCAUUUGUUACCGCACCGGCCUGGAUAUCGGGCUGGAAAGCCGCAAAAACUUUCGGCCACACCAGUCAUUGACCGACUCAGUCCUAUUGCAGUCUUUCCACCACUUCUUACAAAAAGCUGUGCGCGACUCAAAGUAUCGCAUCGAGCAGAAGGAAGUCAACGAUUUCUUGGUGGUCGCCGUGUGUGACGUGCUCGAGAAGCUCGUCGACACUGAUGGUGAGAACCUGCCAUUCCAAUUCCACACUGGACUUGGCGACAACGACAUCAACCUCAUAAAAGCAAACCCGGCUUAUAUGCAACCCCUUAUUGAAGCCUUCCCCCAAGUCGACUUCGUCAUUCUCCACUCCUCUUACCCCUACACAAGAGAGGCAGGCUAUUUGGCUGCCAAUUUCUCUAAUGCCUGGCUUGAUAUUGGAGAGGUCUUCCCAAUGCUCUCCAGAGAUGGGGAAGAGUCGGUUUUAAGGCAGGCUUUGGAAUUGACCCCUGCCUCUAAGAUCCUAUGGAGUACCGACGGGCAUUUCUAUCCCGAGACAUACUGGCUAGCCAACAAGCAUUUCCGAGAAGCACUGGAAAAAGUGCUCACGGCAUAUGUCGCGGCUGGCGAUGUUAGCGUGGCUCAGGCUAUUGAAAUUGCCGUUGAUAUUAUGUUUUGGAACUCCAACACACUGUACAAAUUGGACGAGGAGCGCAAGUUCCCCGAGCUCCUGAGAGCUUGUGGAAGAGAGACGGUGGAUAGCAUGAGGACGUUGGUCAAUGGCGGCUCGAAAGCGCCCUCGUUCCGAUCAACCGCAAGCACCACCGUUGCAACACCCGGGAUUCCUUCAGCUCGUCCAGGAUACUCUUCGAAUUCUGCAACAUUGACGGCGACGAACCAAAAUCUUGCCAUCCGCUCCACAAGCAUCAGCGCACCGUCUGGCCAAAAUGCAACAGCCGUGUUGGCCCAGAACUUGACUCAUUUUGAUGCCUUCUUGCAAACAAACCCGAGUGUCAAGUAUAUCUGGAAUCAAUACCUCGACUAUACAGGCACACUACGCAACCGGAUGGUUACGACACAACAGUUUCGAAAGUCCCUCGCUACGGGCAAAUACCUUGCCUGUACAACCGCACUCUCACGUCUCCUCCAAGACGACAACGGCGCCACUGGUGUGUCGGCGACAGGUCAAUUCAUCCUCACUCCAGACCUCUCCACGCUCUCACUCAACAAGGGCAUUUCUUCGCCCUCUGCGACAGUGCAGACAUGGUGGAUGCUCGAGCCAGAUCAUAAUAACCUCAGUCUGAGCCAUUGGGACCGGUGCCCGCGGUGGCUCCUGCAGUCCCAAUGCGAGGCGCUGAAGUCCGAGUUCAACAUCUCCGUCCUGAUGGGGUUUGAGCUCGAAGUCAUCUUCAUGCGCCCGAUCUACAAUGAAGAGAGAACAGACUUUAAAGACUUUGCCCCCCUGCACUUUGUCCACUCGUGGUCGAACAUGACCUACCAGCAACUCGACAUGUUACCCAUGAUUGAGGAGAUUGUCGAAAUGCUCGCCGAGCUGGACAUUCACGUGCCACAGUUCCAUUCCGAAGCAGCCCCAGGCCAAUGGGAGUUCCCACUGCCGGCCUUUGAGCCCGUUAAGGCGGUCGACAUAAUGUACAAAGCGAAAGACGUGAUUCGGAACGUCGCCAAGAAACACAACCUCAAAGCCACGUGCUAUCCGCGCCCGUUCACCUUCACGUGCGGCUCGGCGAACCACGCGCACUUCAGCAUCAACGGGCCCGGCGGCACGCUCGAGCGAUGCGAAGGCCCGUUCCUCGCCGGCGUCCUGGAGCAUCUCCCAGCGAUACUGGCCUUUACUUUGCCGAUUGAAGAAUCCUACCAGCGCGUCGGGGCCGGCAUCUGGGCCGGCGGCGAGUACGUGUGCUGGGGCAGCCAGAACAAGGAGGUGCCGAUGCGCAAGUGCGAGCCCGGCCACUACGAGCUCAAGACGAUCGACGGCAUCGGCAACUCGUAUCUCUCCAUGGCAGCCUUGCUCGCGUCCGGCCUGCACGGGCUGAGGCAGGACAUGAGGCUCGAGCACAAGGAUUGCACCGGGGAUCCGACGGCGAUAGGAGAAGAGGAGAGGGCGAAGCUCGGCAUCAGCGUCAAGCUGCCCGAUAGUCUGGAGAAGAGCCUGAGGGCGCUGGACCGGGACAAGAUCCUCCGACGCGGUCUGGGAUAUGCAGCCGUCGACGACUACCUUGCCACCGCAGAGAGUUUGAUGCAGAAGUUGAGAGGGUUUGGGGAUGAGAAGAGACGGGUGUGGUUGAUGGCGAGAUACUGA